AGAACCGGACCAGCGAUCGGCGUCAGAAGACAAGCCUGCAGGAGAGAUCUCGCCCACAGGGACCUUACUACAGCUCCUCCAUGGGACAUGAAGAAACCAGAGCCAGUAGCACUACUCAGAAGUCCAUUCUAAGUAAGAAAGAAGACCGGGAGAGUCUCCUAGAUGACGACGGUCACAUGCAAAGUCUUCCGGUAGACUUCACCAGUUUUCCAGCUCAGGUAGACCUGCCCAAGAGCAAUGGAGAUGUGGAAGACGACGAUCCUGAUGAGACACCCAGGGGCUUAAGUGACUUGGAAAUUGGGAUGUAUGCUUUGCUCGGUGUCUUCUGCUUGGCCAUUUUGGUGUUCCUCAUUAACUGUGUCACCUUUGCCUUGAAAUACAGGCACAAGCAGGCUCCAUUUGAAGAGCAAGAAGGCCUCAGACACUCUCAUGACUGGGUGGGACUGAGUCAUAGAACUGAGCUGCUGGAGAACCACCUCAAUUUCUCCACCCAACAGGAGGAAUGCAUUACAGCCAUUGACCGGAGCAUGGAUUUAGAAGAAAGCAAAUAUCUCCUUAGUGCCAACUCUCAGAAGAACCUCAACGGCCAAGUCUUCCGAUCCACGGACUCUGCCCCCUCCCCGGAAGGGAAGGAGCAGAGGAACGAACCAGCCACCUCCCCCACCUCCAAACGGAAACGUGUCCAAUUUACCACCUUCACCACCAUCUCUUCCGAUGGUGGGUACCCAACGGUCAACUCCAUUUUGACCAGCAGCGAGGACGAUAUCAAGUGGGUUUGUCAAGACAUGGACUUGGGAGAAUGUAAAGAACUAAGGAACUACAUGGAACAGCUACAUGAAAAAGUGUAA